AUGGGCAUGUGUCAUACAUUCCGGAAGAAGCCCUUUGCUAGAGCCGGGGUGGUGGUUUCCGCCUUGCCGAAGAAAGUUGUGCAAAGGAGGGCUGCUGGUUUCUGUAUUCCGAGAAAAUGGACAGCCAGGGAAGAAAAGUGGUGGUUUGCGACAAUGGGACCGGGUUUGUGAAGUGUGGCUAUGCAGGCUCCAACUUCCCAGAGCACAUUUUCCCUGCAUUGGUUGGCAGGCCAAUCAUUCGCUCCACAGCUAAAGUGGGAAACAUUGAGAUCAAGGACCUGAUGGUGGGGGAUGAGGCGAGCGAGCUGCGCUCCAUGCUGGAGGUGAACUACCCCAUGGAGAACGGCAUCGUGAGGAACUGGGAUGACAUGAAGCACCUGUGGGACUACACCUUUGGUCCAGAGAAGCUCAACAUCGACUCGCGCAACUGCAAGAUCCUGCUCACCGAGCCGCCUAUGAACCCAACCAAGAACCGCGAGAAGAUCAUUGAGGUGAUGUUUGAGACGUACCAGUUCUCUGGGGUUUACAUAGCCAUCCAAGCUGUGCUCACACUCUAUGCUCAAGGUCUCCUGACUGGCGUGGUGGUGGACUCUGGUGAUGGCGUCACCCACAUCUGCCCCGUGUACGAAGGCUUCUCCCUGCCCCACCUGACCAGACGCCUGGACAUUGCAGGACGAGACAUCACGCGCUACCUCAUCAAGCUGCUGUUGCUGAGGGGCUACGCCUUCAACCACUCGGCGGACUUUGAGACGGUGCGCAUGAUGAAGGAGAAGCUGUGCUACGUGGGCUACAACAUUGAGCAGGAGCAGAAGCUGGCGCUGGAGACCACCGUGCUGGUUGAGUCCUACACGCUCCCCGACGGCAGGAUGAUCAAGGUGGGAGGGGAGCGGUUCGAGGCCCCUGAGGCUCUGUUCCAGCCCCACCUCAUCAACGUGGAGGGAGUCGGGGUGGCAGAGCUCCUCUUCAACACCAUCAAUGCAGCAGACAUCGACACCAGGUCUGAGUUCUACAAACACAUAGUGCUGUCGGGGGGCUCCACCAUGUACCCUGGCCUUCCCUCUCGACUGGAGCGUGAGCUCAAGCAGCUCUACCUGGAGCGCGUGCUGAAGGGAGAUGUGGAUAAGCUCUCGAAAUUCAAGAUCCGCAUUGAAGACCCCCCUCGGCGCAAGCACAUGGUGUUCCUGGGCGGGGCCGUGCUGGCCGACAUCAUGAAGGACAAGGACAACUUCUGGCUGACGAGGGAGGAGUACCAGGAGAAGGGGAUACGUGUCCUGGAGAAGCUAGGGGUCACCGUCAGAUAAACCCCCUCCAAGAUGCACAUGUCUGGGCUAAGUCUGAAAUGGCACCCUAUUCCCUUCGUGCACUACCCUAUGGGGUCUGGUUAAAAGUAGUGCACUAUCUAGGGAAUAGGGUGCAAUUUGGGAUGCGACCCUGGUCUUCUCUCCAUCUUUUGCUCACCUCAUCUUCUCGACGCGGUCAUCUUUUUUUACCACCUGUCCCAGAUUCGCUCACUCUCACUCUCUCCAAGGGCAUGCUGGGACAGACUGAUGGGGUUAGGUGGGGUUGGGGAGGUGGGAGGAGAUAGAUGAGGUGCUAACAACGCGUCUCCUGGGAAUAGUUUAAAUCAUGUUGCCCAACUUAUUCUGUCAAAACACGAUCCCAAUAGUGAAGUCAAUUAUUAUUAGGGAUUCAUUUAUAGAGGGGGUGUUGGAUUCCCCUGUGUUGUGGGCACGGGGUACACAAGGGGCCCCCAUCAAAGGCAAGCUGCCCUUCUUAAAUCCACCCUCCUGCUUAUCUUUGUCUUUUGUCUUAAUCAGCAGGGGGAUUGCUUGCUCCUCUAGAGUCCCUCGUAACAAAUGGGUACACACUCUGUUUAUCCCCGAGGUUAAUUUAAGGUUGUUGUAAUGUUGAGAGGUCAGGGGAUGAUGGUGGGUUAGAGGGCAGGUGGUUUAUGGGGCAUGUUUCUCCUUCUCACAGGGUCCACCUGCCCACUUGUCUGACUCCCAUAUCCAAACAGUGUGUCGUAAGGGGGAUGUGGUGAUUACAAAAAGAAACGGUUGACCUUCCCUCACGAUAACAUUUUUUAAAAGGCAUUUCAUUCCACUGAUGGCAAAAUAUUUGCCAUGCAUUCAAUUCCAAUGAGGACUGCUCAGCCUUGUAAUUGGAGUCACGUUUUGUGUUCACAUUCAUUUUGCUGAUGCGCUUUCCUUUUGGAGGAGAAGAGGUUUUGCCUUUUGUUUUGUCAGACAUGUUAUUUGUACCGAUUUUGUGUAUUUCUUUUGCAGUGCAUAACUCAAAAUAAAGAGUGAGGACGUGUUAUCCUCAUCAUGGCUGUUGGACACACGAGUCCAUUUUUUAAAAUUUAAGGUCGGGGUUAGUUCGCCCUCCAACAACAGGUCUAGGAUCUCUAUCCCAGGGCCUAUCCUUAACCAUUGUGAGCUCAACAAUCCAUCAGACCUAGGGCUUGUUGUUAAGGGCGUACUGAACCGUACGUAACCUGUUUAGAGAGGAAGUCAUUCUGAGACCAGUAGGAACUCUCCAUAGUCUCAGCUCCAGUGACGAUACAUUUUUUGAGAUCUGGUGUCAUUAGGGGUGGGGAUUUGUUGGGGGAGUUGAACAUUUGUAAUAUUAAUAACAAUUUGGGUGUCAUGGAGACCACAUAAAAGCUGGUAUUUAAGGUGUUCCGUUUUUGGUUUUCAUAUGUAUAUUGGAGGAACUUACACAAUUGUGUAUGUAUAAUUUUCUUUUUUGACAAAACGGUCAUCCAGUGCCAAGUGCAGUUAUUGUAGCUGGAUCUUAUUUUUGGUUGCUUUUUUUUUUUCCUCUUUUCUUUGUUUUUGUUCAUAGCAUAACUGCCUACCGCUGAUUUAAAUAAAGCAACGUGAUUUAUUAA